AUGUACUUGGACCUCAAUAUACCCUGGCCCGUCGACUGCUUCGCGGACAUUGCGUCUGGCGCGAAGAGGAGCGGAGCAGGGAAACACAACAAGCGCGCUUUGGGGGCUUCUGCAGCAACUUCAGCAGUGAGCAUCGUGAACAAUGGCGAGACCCACGAUGGGCUCUCAGAGUUGCAAAGGAAGCAAGUCAAGAGCAUAUUGGAAGAUUUGACCCAUCGUGAGGAUAGUGGUCGCAACAAUGGUCUUGUUGGCUGGCCGGGAGCGUUCGUUGACUGACUUCUUUCUGCUUUAGUCGGCUUCACCAGCAUUGCAUUCAACCACAUUGUGCAGACACGGUACAGAGGCGAAACGAAUCCCUUUGGGCUUUUGGGAGCAUCCGUGGUCCAACCUCCCGCUGCCAUCUCACUGCCCAUCUUUCCCCACCUAUCCUUUACGGGUCCAAGGCUUGGGAGGCCAAGGGCGAACGCUUGCGCAGAGCCUCCACCGCAGUUACAACAGCUGCAGCGACUGACCGUCACCAUGGACGAUAGCAGUCUGACAAAGGGCGGGCAUGGCUUCGUGAGUAGGCACCAGAACAGGCAUCAUCGAGGCUCGUCCCUCGCUCAAACGACGCAUACAACCCAUCUACCACCGUUGUAGACCUCCUCUCAGGCGGCCGCUCUCGCUACGUGGGACCUAAUCGCAGUCCAACCAACUACCGACAGUGCUUUCAGUCUCGCUUGUCAGACAUUGACAGAGUUGAAACCUUUUUCGGUUGACAUAAUCUCGCUGGAAUUAGCCUCCAGCUCGCGUCUGCCAUUUGCACCUAAAAGGAGCACACUUCGAACUGCAAUCCGAACCGGAGCAGUCUUCGAAGUCACCUACAGCGCAAUGCUGGCCGGUGCUUCUGAAGAGAGCGAGAAAGAAAGAGAUAGGAAGAAGAGAAAUUUGGUGUCCAAUACAAGAGACUUGCUAAGGCUGACCGGAGGGAAGGGGGUCAUCAUUUCCUCCGGCGCGGCGACCUUGCUUGACAUUCGCGGACCGAAGGACGUCAUUGCUGUGUGAGUGCAAAAGCAGACGCGUGCACCACUCCACAUGGAUUGCUGAUUCGAGGAGCUUCGCAGUGCAUCUAUCUUUGGCAUGUCACCGCAAGCUGCCAAGGAUUCUAUUUCAGCGACGGCUCGAGCAGUGCUCACCCGUGCACGUAAGUACAAGCUCUUUGCACACGCACGCCAUUCCGAUUGCCGCUAAAUACAGCUGCUGCCUGCGCCCCGCCAGAGGCUCGCCGAUCGUUCAGAGGGGUCAUGGAAGCGCCUGUCCUUUCGGCAGGUUGCUCGAUAGCCGUGCGUGCUAGCAGCCCCUCCGCUCAGACCACCGAGACCUUGCCUCAUUCGAGUAAAUCGAGCGACGGAGACCCCAAUCCGAUUACAGACAUGGAGAUAGGCUUUUCAAUGCCUCGGGAGCAGACUACAUCGAUCGCGAAGAGGAAGCAUUCGCUCACAAGCUCAGAGUCAAAGCAUGCAGGCCCUGGGGAGCUACAAAGCAAGCAUCAAAGGGUGUCAUCAAAGGAUUUACAUCCGCAUCGAAGCGCGAGACCUCCCUCAAAUAAGCUGACAAAGGUCGAAACCAAGCGAAGCAAGAUCACAGUGCAGCCCACUGAGUACGACGCUUCUCGCUGUGGCGGAGGGGGUACAAAGACCGAGGACACUUAGGUUGCCGCAUGUAUAUGGUACGUAUGGGACAUCACCGAAGAGACCCGUUCCCUUCUGGGCUCCAAUGAAUCGUGAAUGUACGGAGCAGGGACUGAGUGAGUCAAAAGUUUAUGAUUCUGUUCAGCGCUAGCGCUUGUGGCUUAUGAUCCGCAAAUUAUCUAUAUUAUUUUAACGACGCCUGACUGGCUCAGGUGA